GGUCGUAGUUAACUGUCCCAUAUUUAUCCACUCACUCAUUGAUGCUGCUCCAAUUGAGUCUCUCAGAUGAUUGAAGUGAAUGUGGUUUGAUUUCAGUCUCAAGCUGAUCACACAGAGCGUCAGAUUAAACAGCAGUUUGAGAAGCUUCAUCAGUUUCUCAGAGAUGAAGAAGAAGCUACAGUCACUGCACUGAGGGAGGAAGAGGAGCAGAAGAAGCAGAUGAUGAAGGAGAAGCUGGAGGAGAUCAACACACACAUCUCAGCUCUUUCACACUCAGUCAAAGACACGGAGGAGAUGAUGAACGCCAGUGACGUCUGCUUUCUGAAGAAGUUUCCAGUCUCGAUGGAAAGAGUCCAGAUCUCAUCACAGCCGGAUCCACAGACUCCUUCUGGAGCUCUGAUUCAUGUGCCACGUUACUUGGGAAACCUGCCCUUCAGAGUCUGGAAGAAGAUGCAGGACAUCGUCCAGAACACUCCUGUGAUUCUGGAUCCAAACACGGCUCAUCCAGAUCUCGUUGCGUCUGAUGAUCUGACCAGUGUGAAAUGGAGCUGGAACAAACAACCUCUUCCUGAUAACCCAGAGAGGUUUGAAUAUUAUCCCUGUGUUCUGGGUUCAGAGGGGUUUAACUCAGGAACACACUGCUGGGAUGUGGAGGUUAAAGAGAGUUCAGACUGGAGUCUCGGCGUCACUACAGCAUCAAACCAGAGGAAGGGACGGGAUUUCUAUAAGACUUGUGUCUGGAGUGUGUGGUACGAUCAGUACAGUCUGUCUGAGCAGCCUGUCUUUGGCUUUCGUGUGAAACAGGAUCUUGAGCGUGUGAGAGUGUAUCUGGACUAUGACAGAGGAACAGUGUCAUUCUCUGAUCCUCUAACUAACACACAUCUACACACAUUCACAACCACCUUCACUCACACACUCUUCCCAUUCUUCAGUUGUUAUACUAUUUUCACUCUUAAGAUUUUACCGUUCAAUAGUUAGUAAACGUUACUCCUUUGGUCGGGAUGUUUACAAUAUUUAAUCCAUGUCACACGAGUAAGAGACUGUUGAUCUGAAUAUCAGUACUUCUGUGAUUGGGCCGUGAUGAUCACAUGACUGAUAUCACGUAGAUAACUACAGCAACA